UGAACGCAGCGAAGAAAAAGGUAGGCGGAGGUCGACGGAGAGAACUCACAAAUGCAACUCGACAAAGACAAGACAGAGAGAGAUUGCAAUCGCGACCCCCUCUUCUGCCACCAGAGCUCCGAAAGCUCAAAUCUUGUACUCCAAAUCCAAGCUUCUCAGCCCUCCUCUCCCUCUUCCCCUAAUGCUCCCCUUUCCUUCUCUCUCUUCCGGAUCUGAAACCCUCCAACCCCACAAUACGAUGCCAUCCUUCCCAUUCCCCCAUCUGUUCUCUGAAAUUAGGGCUUAGGGCUUAGAAUUCGGGGCCUAUUCUACGUUCAUCAUUAGUGAAACCCUAGAUAUGAAGGUGCCGUGCUGUUCGGUUUGCCACUUGCGGUACAACGAGGAGGAACGAGUGCCUUUGCUUCUCGACUGCGGGCAUGGAUUCUGCAAAUCCUGUCUUUCGCGCAUGUUCGCGGCUUCAACGGACACUACUCUCUCUUGCCCUCGUUGCCGCCACCCGACUGUCGUUGGGAACAGCGUUCAUGCCCUUCGGAAGAACUUCCCUAUCCUUUCCUUACUAUCUUCAUCUCCAACAUCUCCUUCGUUUGAGUGCGAUUUCACUGAUGGAGAGGACGCCAGUGUGGUCGCCGGGACGGAGGAUGAUGAGCCUGCUGAGAGUGAGGAUGAAGACGACUACUUCGGUUCUAGCCGUCGUCCCCACCGCGGCAGACUAUCCCGUGCUUCGGUAUCCGGAUGCUGUUCUAGCUCCGCAGGUGCUUCCUGUAGUCCCAUUGACCUCACCUCGCACCAUGAUCUCAAACUGCUGCGUCGGCUUGGGGAAGGAAGGAGUGGACAAGAGACUUGGUCUGCUGUGCUUUAUGGCAGCUCGUCUGUUUCAAGCGGCGCGCCGUCUGGUUCCGGUGGACGGUGCAGGCAUCAGGUUGCGGUGAAGAGGGUGCCUAUAGCUGAUGGCAUGGAUGUCAUUUGGGUGCAGAGUAGGUUAGAUAGUUUGAGGCGUGCUUCAAUGUGGUGCAGGAAUGUUUGCACAUUCCAUGGGGCUCUCCGGUCCGAUGGGUAUCUCUCUCUCAUCAUGGAUAGAUACAACAGCUCUGUUCUAGCUGAGAUGCAGCAGAAUAAGGGGAGGCUGACAUUGGAGCAGAUAUUAAGAUAUGGGGCAGACAUUGCACGAGGAGUGGCGGAACUUCACGCAGCAGGCGUUGUUUGUAUGAAUCUAAAGCCAUCGAAUCUUCUUUUGGAUGCGAACGGUCGGGCGGUGGUUUCUGAUUACGGGCUUCCCGAGAUUCUAAAGAAACCUUGCAAGAAAGCUCGAUCUCUUCCGGAGGAAAGUUCAUCAAAGAUGCAUUCAUGCAUGGAUUGCACGAUGUUGAGUCCACAUUACACGGCUCCAGAGGCAUGGGAACCUUUGAAGAAGGCAUUGAAUUUGUUCUGGGAUGAUGGUGUCGGCAGCGUAUCGGGGGAGUCCGAUGCGUGGAGCUUUGGAUGCACCUUGGUUGAAAUGUGUACUAGUUUUGUUCCAUGGUUUGGAUUGAGCUCGGAGGAAAUUCAUCGAGCAGUUGUGAAAGCAAGGAGCUUGCCUCCGCAAUAUGCGAGUGUGGUGGGUGUUGGAAUUCCAAGGGAGUUGUGGAAGAUGAUUGGAGAAUGCCUGCAAUUCAAAGCUUCAAAGAGGCCUACUUUUCAUGCAAUGUUAGCUAUAUUUCUUCGGCACUUGCAAGGGAUUCCAAGGAGCCCGCCUCCCAGUCCUGAAAAUAGUGUAAUGAAGAUUCUCCCAACAAAUGCUGUAGAACCAUCCCCGACAUCCGUCUUGGAGGUUUUUCAGGCUAAUCCCAACAUCCUACACAGACUUAUAUCGGAAGCUGACUUAUCCGCCGUCAGAGAAUUUCUUGCAAGGGCUGCAUCAAAAGGCGACAGCAACACAAUUUGCUCUUUGUUAGAGUCACAAAAUGCUGAUGGCCAUGCUGCCCUUCAUUUAGCUUGUAAGCAGGGCUCUGCUGAGCUUGUUGAAACCAUUUUGGCAUACAAAGAAGCAGAUGUGGAUAUUGUGGAUAAAGAUGGUGAUCCACCCCUUGUGUUUGCUUUAGCUGCUGGUUCUCAUGAGUGUGUUUGUGCUCUCAUCAGGAGAUCUGCUAAUGUAACUCAUAGGCUUAGAGAAGGUUUUGGUCCUUCGAUAGCUCAUGUUUGUGCUUUUCAUGGUCAACCCGAAUGUAUGCGUGAAUUGUUGUUGGCUGGAGCUGAUCCCAAUGCUGUUGAUGAUGAAGGUGAAUCUGUUCUUCAUAGAGCCAUUGCCAAGAGGUACUCUGAUUGUGCUAGAGUUAUAUUGGAGAAUGGAGGUUGCAGAUCUAUGGGGAUUUUAAAUUCCCAAAGAAAGACGCCUCUGCACUUGUGCAUCGAGUCGUGGAAUGUGGUUGUUGUCCGAAGGUGGGUCGAAGUUGCAUCUCGCGAAGAGAUUGAUGAAGCUAUCGACAUUCCUGGUCCAGCGGGGACGGCUUUGUGUAUGGCUGCUGCUCUUAAAAAGGACCGCGAAGCUGAGGGCCGAGAAUUGGUAAGAAUAUUACUCGCUGCGGGUGCAGAUCCGGUCGCACAAGAUGAGCUGCAUGGCCGAACAGCAUUACAUAUAGGCGCCAUGGUUAAUGAUGCCGAGCUUGUAAAGAUUAUUCUCGAGGUGGGCGUUGAUGUAAACAUUAGGAAUGUUCAGAAUACAACACCGCUUCAUGUUGCUCUCAACCGAGGCGCAAAUCAAUGCAUUGGUUUGCUUUUGUCGGCCGGAGCGGACUGCAAUUUGCAGGAUGAUGAUGGUGAUAAUGCUUUUCAUAUAGCAGCUGAUGCAGCUAAAAUGAUAAGAGAAAACCUUAAUUGGAUUGUUGUUAUGCUACAAUACCCUAAUGCUGAUGUGGAAGUUAGAAACCACAGAGGCUGGAAGUUGCGUGAUUUUCUAGAAGCCCUUCCUCGAGAAUGGAUAUCCGAAGAUUUGAUGGAAACGCUCGCAAGUAAAGGAGUUCAUCUAUCCCCAACCAUAUAUGAAGUUGGAGAUUGGUUGAAGUUUCGGCGAAGUCUUACCGCACCUAAAUACGGGUGGCAAGGAGCGAAGCACAAGAGCGUGGGAUUCGUCCAGUCUGUGCUCGACCACGAUAACCUAAUUGUUUCAUUUUGCUCUGGAGAGGCCCAUGUCUUGAAGGACGAGGUUAUAAAAAUCAUCCCUUUAAACCGGGGCCAGCACGUACAACUUAAACCCGAUGUGGUCGAGCCGAGGUUUGGUUGGCGUCGUCAAUCUCGUGAUAGCAUCGGAACUGUUCUCUGCGUGGAUGAUGAUGGAAUUCUUCGAGUUGGCUUCCCCGGAGCCUCCAGGGGAUGGAGAGCUGAUCCCGCCGAAAUGGAGAGGGUUGAAGAGUUUAAGGUCGGUGACUGGGUGCGUAUUCGUCCCUCGCUAACAGCCGCCAUUCAUGGCUUAGAAGCUGUAACUCCGGGGAGUAUCGGAAUAGUCUACUCAAUCAGGCCAGAUUGCAGCCUUUUGCUGGGUCUUUGUUACUUGCCUAGUCCGUGGCAUUGCGAACCGGAGGAAGUAGAGCCCGUUGAACCAUUCAGGAUCGGUGAUCAAGUAUGCGUGAAGAGAUCUGUUGCAGAACCUAGAUAUGCUUGGGGCGGCGAGACUCAUCACAGCGUCGGUAAAAUCACCGAUAUUGAGAGCGAUGGUUUGCUCAUCAUCGACAUUCCGAAUCGUUCGAGUCCUUGGCAAGCUGAUCCUUCCGACAUGGAGAAGGUGGAGAGUUUCAAGGUGGGGAAUUGGGUGAGAGUAAAGGCCUCGGUGCCUUCUCCGAAGUACGGUUGGGAAGAUGUUUCUCGUAACAGCAUCGGGAUAAUCCACAGCCUCGAGGACGACGGCGAUCUGGGCGUCGCCUUCUGCUUUAGAAGCAAACCUUUCUGUUGUUCGGUUGCGGACAUGGAGAAGGUGCCUCCAUUUGAAAUAGGGCAGAAGAUCCAUAUUAUGCCUAACAUAUCCCAACCAAAACUUGGCUGGUCUAAUGAAACUGCGGCUACAAUUGGGAAGAUUUCAAGAGUGGACAUGGAUGGAACCCUAAAUGUUAGGGUUGCUGGAAGGAGCAAUCUGUGGAAGGUUGCUCCCGGCGAUGCCGAGCGGCUUUCCGGCUUCGAGGUUGGAGAUUGGGUUCGGCUGAAGCCAAGUCUAGGAUCAAGACCUUCAUAUGACUGGAAUAGUAUAGGGAAGGACAGCAUAGCUGUGGUUCAUAGCAUACAGGAUUCUGGAUAUCUGGAGCUCGCGGGCUGUUUCAGGAAAGGAAAAUGUGUGGCGCAUUACAUGGAUGUCGAGAAGGUCUCGUGUUUGAAAGUUGGAGAUUACGUCCGAUUUCGCGUCGGAAUUGCCGAGCCUCGAUGGGGCUGGAGAGGCGCUUCUCGUGAGUCCGCCGGAAUCAUUACCGGCGUUCAUGCAGACGGUGAAGUUAGGGUAGCCUUUUUCGGCAUGGCUGGACUUUGGAAGGGAGACCCUGCAGACCUCGAGAAGGAGAAUAUAUUCGAGGUUGGAGACUGGGUGAAGCUCAGAGACGAUGCCGCUGUCUGGCGAUCCUUGAAACCUGGAAGCACAGGCAUCGUGCAUGGAUUAGAAUACGAAUCCGAUAUCUGGAACGGAAAAGUGCAGGUCUCCUUCUGCGGUGAGCAAGACCGGUGGGUCGGACCUUCGACCGAGCUCGAGAGAUUUGAUAAGCUCGUUGCAGGACAACGCGUGCGGAUCAUGAGAUGCAUCAAACAGCCGAGGUUUGGAUGGUCAGGCCACAGCCACGCCAGCAUCGGAACCAUAUCUUCCAUCGAUGCCGACGGAAAGCUUCGAAUCUAUACUCCGGCGGGAUCGAAGGCGUGGAUGAUCGACCCGGCAGAGGUGGAUCGAGUUGAGGAGGACGAAGUUUGCGUCGGCGACUGGGUGAGAGUGAGGGCGACCGUCACAACUCCGACUUAUCAAUGGGGGGAUGUGAACCCGUCGAGCAUCGGAGUCGUGCAUCGGGCAGAGGAUGCCGAGCUCUGGGUUUCUUUCUGCUUCUCGGAGCGGCUGUGGAUCUGUAAGGAGCAAGAGGUGGAGAAGGUCAGAGCUUUCCGAGCGGGCGACAGGGUGAGGAUUCGGCCUGGUUUGAAGACGCCGAGAUGGGGGUGGGGAAUGGAGACGUCGUCGAGCAGGGGCGAGGUGAUGGGGGUGGAUGCUAAUGGUAAGUUGAGAAUAAGAUUCAGAUGGAGGGAUGGAAGAUUGUGGAUUGGUGAUCCUGCUGAUAUAAUUCUUGAAGAAGAAGAAGAAGACGACUUAUCAGUUGCAAAUCAUAGCGGUAACUGCAGCUUGUAGCUUUCUUGUUGAUUCUUUUGUUGUUCAUCAGCUACUGUUUCUUUUUCUUUUCUUUUUUUUUUUUGUCUUUUAAUUUCUAUAUUAAUAUUAUGUUAAUAUUUUGACCGUUGGAGAUGGUUUGGAGGGGUAGGAUUGUGCAGAUUGAAGCUGAGAUAGCCGUUGGGGAUUUGAAUUAGUCUGUGCGGAGGAUCGAAGGGGUUCGAUUUGAUGAAUGUGGUAUUCUGUGGUUUGUAUUUAUUAUGUGUUUUAACUACACGAGUUAAUUAACAUUUGGACUGAAUGAUUAUGUAUAUGCAAUAACAACUUUAUUUCUGUGAUUUU